GAGUUCGAGGCCAGCCUGGUCUACGAAAGCUAGUUCGAGGACAGGAUAGAGAACCCCCACCUCAAAAAAAACAAAACAAAACAAGAAAAAAAGGAGUAGGUAAGACACAGAAGCCUGGAGCUGUGGAUCGAGAAAGACGUAUUCCCCGAACCGCUCUGGGAUGACGUCACCGGAAGACUUCCAGGCACGCGCCCGUGAGAACGCCCUGGCGCUCUAAGCCGCGCCCCCUAGCGACCACGUAAGACGCGAGUGACGCAGACCCUGCCGCUGGCCCCGGAAGCAAAACCGAUAGGGGCGGAAGAGACGGCGGAAGGGCGGGCCCACGGCGCGGCGGCAAGGGGCGGGGCCGGGAUGGUAACGGACAAACCCGGGAGCCGCGCUUUAGCGAGGGCCGUGCUGUGACCGCUGCUGCCGGCACCUGCUCUGCCAUGAUGAUCCACGGCUUCCAGAGCAGCCACCAGGACUUCUCCUUCGGGCCCUGGAAGCUGACGGCCUCCAAGACCCACAUCAUGAAGUCUGCGGAUGUGGAGAAGUUAGCUGAUGAACUGCAUAUGCCUUCCCUCCCUGAAAUGAUGUUUGGAGACAAUGUUCUAAGGAUCCAGCAUGGCUCUGGCUUUGGAAUUGAGUUCAAUGCUACAGAUGCACUAAGAUGUGUAAACAACUACCAAGGCAUGCUUAAAGUAGCUUGUGCGGAAGAGUGGCAGGAAAGUAGGACUGAGGGUGAACACUCCAAAGAAGUUAUUAAACCUUAUGAUUGGACCUAUACAACAGAUUAUAAAGGAACGUUACUUGGAGAAUCUCUUAAGUUAAAGGUUGUGCCCACAACAGAUCACAUAGAUACAGAGAAAUUGAAAGCUAGAGAGCAGAUUAAAUUUUUUGAAGAAGUUCUCUUGUUUGAAGAUGAAUUACAUGAUCAUGGAGUUUCCAGCCUGAGUGUGAAAAUUAGAGUAAUGCCUUCCAGCUUUUUUCUGCUGUUGCGGUUUUUCUUGAGAAUUGAUGGGGUGCUUAUCAGAAUGAAUGACACAAGGCUUUACCAUGAGGCUGACAAGACCUACAUGUUACGAGAAUAUACAUCACGAGAGAGCAAAAUUGCUAAUUUAAUGCAUGUUCCACCUUCCCUCUUCACGGAACCUAACGAAAUAUCACAAUAUUUACCAAUCAAGGAAGCAGUUUAUGAGAAGCUAAUAUUCCCAGAAAGAAUUGAUCCUAACCCUGCGGACUCACAAAAUACGCCCUCGGAAUAGAAUGCGGUACAGCAUACUCCAUGUGGAACCUGACUGGACGCCUUGGCUAUUGUAGGGAUAUUUUUAUGAUGAGAAUUAAUUUCCUUGCAUAUGGUCAGAUUUUCUGUAGCCUUAAAGGGAAAUAAAAGAGCACUGCAGGCAGGUUCCACUGAGCUCCCAUUUAUACUGUCUGUCUUCAAUUUCCUACUGGAGAUACAUGCUCGAGCUAAAUUUGGAUUCCUAAAUUGCCCCAAAUUGUGACCUCAGCAGCAGUGAUGUAUCUGUGUCUCAGGAGGGGACAUGACCUGAAUCCAUCAGGAAGCAUCGUCUCCCACUGUGAAGAGACUGAAUUGUCAACUCCACCGCUGAGCCCUGAUAUGACUCUCAUAGGAUUCUGACUGCAUGUUGAUUUACUAUGUUGGCUCUUGGCUUUGGGCUUUCUGGUGGUUAUUCACACUUCGGGAGAAUUGUGACAUGCUACCUAGGAAAUUAAUCUUGUAUUAUUCAUUAGUUCGAGUUUCUGUGCAACAUCAUAUUGUGUGUGUACACACAUGUAUUUUUAAAACUUUUCAUUUAAAAAUCUUUGUCUCUGAGUAGUGUUCGAUCACUUAUUUUGAUAAUUCAUUGUUAAAAAUUGUGGAGAAGUAAAAGAAUUGACUUUUUUUAAGACAAAAAAAGUGGGUGGUAGGAAAGAUGAAUGUGUUUCUGAAGAUUUUAUUAGUGUAUUCUGGUGAGGAAUACCAAGAAAAUGUGUCUUUGGCCAUUUCUAAAUAUGACAUAUACCAUUUUAUAUUUAUUUGUCCAAGUUGUCUUUUGUAAGAGGAAAAUAAAUAAUAAGGAAUUAUG